ACGUACAAAAUCUACUCGAUUGUUGUUUUUGAAACUUUGAAGUUACGUGUAGCAGGCUGUGAAAAACAAAACAAUCAAAAGAAUGAUUUUUUUGACUGGUUAUUCAAGAGUUUCCGGAAGUUUUUCGCUGGAUUUAAAAGUUCUCCAGAUCUACAGUUCGAUAAAAGCUGAAAUUGAAAGCAAAGCCUAAAAUUUCUGAAUAAAAUGAAGACCGAAUUCAACGAAAUAGUAAACCCGGCGACGCUGUGCCGAGUUUGCAUGGCCACCGAAGAAGAUCAUUUCUCGAACCUGUACGAGGAAUCCCCAUCCAGUCAGCCGCCCAUCAGCUUGCACGAAAUGCUGCAGGUGAUUUGCGCUCCGGUAUUUACCAGUUCCGACUCGAGCGGCGUGCCGGAAAUGCCAACCAGAGUUUGCAACGUGUGCCGGGAUGCCAUUAUUGCGGCCUUCAACCUGCACCAGCAGUGCAUCGAAAGUGAUCGACGGUUGGGUGAGCUACUGACGUUUGAAAAGGAAUUUGACUUUCCAAAGAGCAACGAGGAACUCGAAGAUUUUCCCACUACGGUGGUUGUAAACGAGGUUGUGAUGCCAACGGAGGACGCGGGGGACGUUUCGAAAACUUGCUCAGAGUGUGGCAAGGCAUUUUCACGGAGAUUUACCUUGCUAAGGCAUCAAAGGAAUGGAGUGUGCCCAGGAAAGAGCAACGAUACGAAUCCCAAAGAUCCUCUGUUUGAUGAGUGCAGGCUGCCUAAAAAUUGCCUCGUUUGCGAUAGGGAAUUUGAUAGUCAAUUAACAUUAGAUAAGCACCUGCAAAGCGGGUAUUGCCCGAAUAAACGUAAGAAGAGGUUUGUAGGAGACGGAACAUCAAACUCAAUAAGAGAUUCAAAAACGUGUGCCCAAUGCGGAAAGGUAUUUGCGAGGAGAUACACCCUUUUUAGGCACAAGCGAACCGGCUCUUGUGCAGGAACGGAUCCAAAAAUGUUCCCGUGUCGGUUGUGCGACAAGGCUUUCAAUACGCCCAACGCGUUGCAAGGUCACCGUAGAAAGUGUCAUGGCUCUAACGCUGACAGUGUAAUUUCGGCACCGGAAGCAGAAUUCUGCAGCGAAGACAAGAUGGCGUCAGAAGAAAGGAAGGCCGAUGAGGUGACUGUUGGUCCUUCAAUGAGUAGUGAGAACAUGGUGAUGAUCAAAGUCGAGGCACAGGACCUGAUGGAUGAAAAUGGACAUGAGAACCGAAGUUUCAACUCUGCAGAAAACACAACAGUGAAAACAGAAGACGAGCAAGCUGCACAACGAGUCACGGCGGGUACGAAAACAUGCUCGGUUUGCUCGGAAACGGUUGAAGACAUUGCAAAAUUGAAAAUUCACAUGAGAAGUUGCCAUCAGUUGUACUUGUGCGAGAUAUGUAGUGCAGUUUUCCUUACACGUCAUGUUCUCUGGUAUCAUACACUGAAGCAUAAAGAGCCAAAUGUGACUUGCCCUGUAUGUGGGAAGAAACUAUCAAGCAAGUAUAAUCUAGAGCUGCACAUGCUGAGGCACACUGGAAAAAAGAUGCACGCCUGUGAGUUAUGUUCGAUGCGGUUUACCACUUCUGGAGCGAAAGCUGCCCACUUGCGAAUCCACAAGAAAGAGCGGCCGUUUGUGUGCGACAUCUGUGGAAAAAGAGUAGUAUCAAAAGCGUCGCUAGCUAAACACGUGAAGGAGAUCCACGAAAAUAUAAGACGCUUCGUGUGCUCGGUGUGCACUCGAAGGUUCACCACCAAAUCCCACCUGUCCUGCCACAUGCUGACUCACACGAAGGAAAAGCCUUACAAAUGCAAGCUCUGCCCGCAGGCCUACUCGCAGACCACCGACCUGGUGAGGCACGUUUCCCGCGCCCACUGGAGCGGUAAGCCGUACCCUUGUGACCGGUGCGAUGAGUCCUUCCGGCUGAUUGAGGGCCUGCGAGAGCACUACCGAGUGCACGUUCAGUCUGGCGAAGGUUUGAGUGAGAUGGCAGAGGUGCGGUUCAACAGCAUGACCAUUAUGGACAAGCUUUUUGCCAAGAUUAAGCAACAACGAGCUGAAGAAAGUGGAAAUCUGGAUUCAUGCCACAAUAAUUUGGUUCCGGACACGACGGCACUGUGCCGAGGUUGUAUGACGCCUAAAGAAGGAAACUGCACGAAUCUGUACGAUUCCUGUUCGCUUCCUGCUGGUCAGCCCAGCUUACACGAAAUGCUUAAAAUUAUUUGUGUUCCGGUUUUUGGCGAAUCCGAAGCAGAUGAUCCACCCGGAAUGCCGACGGACGUAUGUUCAAGUUGUCGACACGCCAUCGUAGCGGCCUUUCACCUGCACCAGAUGUGCGUCGAAACGGAUCGUCGAUUGGGCGAGUUGCUGGCAUUGAGGUGGGAACUUGAGGGACCGGACGGAGGCCAACGUCCUCACGAGUGUUCGGUGUGUGGAUUCAAGUUCUCCAUCCUAUCGCAGCUCAAACGUCACAUGCUAACUCACACGAAAGAAAAGCCACAUAAAUGCCAGCUGUGCCCCCAAGCCUACGCCCAGACCAACGAUCUGGUCAAGCACGCGGCUCGUGUGCACGGCAUUGACAAACCAUAUCAAUGCGAUCGGUGCGACGAGGGCUUCCGGUUGUUAACGGAUCUGCGACAGCACUACCGGGUGCACGUGCAAUCGACGGAGGGUGGAGCCGACCAGAUGGACGAGGUGCGAUUUACCACUGUGGCGAUUCUGCAGAGAGCGUUCUCGAAAGACAAACAACAGCAGGCUGAGGGAAAUGACAAAUUGGACCGAGUGAUGGUCGGCUUGCUAUCGCGAAUAUCGAAAGCCCAUCACAUCGACGAGAAAAACCCUAUCGCUGGCUCCGAUGGAACUAUCGUUCCAACCGGAGAGACACGCACACGAAAUUGCUAUCGCCACUUGCAAACAAUCAAAAUGAAAUUUGAUUUGUUCGCGGACACGAAGGCGCUGUGCCGGGUGUGCAUGACGGCCACGGAUGGGCAUCGCACCGGCCUGUACGACGGAACUUCGCUUGUAGCCGGGCAGCCGAGUUUACAUGGAAUGCUGAAAGCCAUUUGUGCGGCGGUAUUUGAUAAAUCUGAUGCUGACUAUCCAACGGGAUUGCCGACGCAGGUCUGCGCCAACUGUCGGAAUGCUAUCCUCGCGGCCUUCAAGCUGCACCAGACGUGCAUCGAAACCGACCGCCGAUUGGGCGAGCUGCUGGCGCUAAAGUGGGAGCUCCAGGAUCUUGGGGGCGGUGGAGAAUCCGGAGAUCCGCUGAGGCCCAUUAAUGAGAAAGGAGAAAUGGCGAACAAGAGCGUUGAACUGGGAGGGGAUGGUACCGUUCAAAUUGUAAUUCAUCCCGGACCUAAUGAUCAAAACAAUGUCUCGUGCUCAAUGAGUGAGAAUGAAGGAAAGAUUAAAGUAGAAGAACUGGACUUUAUGGAUGAAAGCGGAAACGAUGGUCAUGACUCUAGUAGUAUUGACCAAGACGAAAUGGCCGAAGAAGUUGACAAUGAGAUGGAAGUAUGUGAAAUUUGCUCUGAAAAAUUCAUUGAAACUUCGAUCCUAUGCACUCACAUGACAAAUAGGCAUCAAUUGUACAUGUGCGAUUUAUGCCAUCAAACGUUUGGAUCGCAGUUCUGGCUAUCGAAACAUGAAACCCUGCAUUCAAGGACUAGAAAUCAUCUAAAUGUAUAUCCAGACCCCGUGUUUUGUUCCGAGUGUGGCCAAACGUUGCAAAACACCGCUAGGCUGCGCAAACAUUUACGGACGAGAUGUGCUAAGCUGAAAGCUUUAUCGCUAACGAAUAAGGAAGUUGCUAUCAGAACCUGCAGAGUAUGCGGUAAAUUUCAUCAAUCUGUUCGUCGCCUGUUUGAGCAUAUGAAACAGGACCACCCGGGCAGAAACAAGUUGGGUUUGGUCGUUGUUAGGAAGCGGAACCAAUGCAGUAAAUGUCAGGAAUCGUUUCCUACAAAAUCAGCUCUAACAAAACAUCGACAGGUCCACAAUGCGCCUUUUAAAUGUUCGAUAUGUGGUAAAGAGUUGCUCACUAAAGCAGCUCUCAAGGGCCACAUCAUAAGACACUCGGAUGUUAAACCCCAUUCUUGCGAUUUGUGUCCGGUACGGUUUUACACGAACCAGGAGCUGAAAAGUCACAUGUUACUGCACGCUAAACAACAGAAUGCCAUUAGAGAAAUAAAGUUGCACAAGUGUAAAACUUGCAACGCAUCCUUUCCUACGAAAGCAGCUCUAACGAAACAUCGACCGACACACAACGUACCUAGCAACUGCUCGGUCUGUGGUAAAACGUUGCAUUCCAGCGCGGCACUCAAGGUCCACAUGAUGAGACACGCUGAUACUAAAGCACACUGUUGUGAUUUGUGUCCGCUGCGGUUUUACACAAAAGGGGACUUGUACAAUCACAAGGCAUCUCACGUUCAACAACGGACUCACAUUUGCGAUAUUUGUGGGUCGAAGUUUGCAAAGCAAAGUGCGCUGAAGAGACACGUUAAACUUGUCCAUGAAGGCCUUCGCCCCUUUGAGUGCCAGAUUUGUGGUUUCAAGCUGUUCACGUCGACGCAGCUGAAGCGCCACUUGCUUGGCCAUUCGAAGGAAAAGCCCUACAAGUGCGAGCUGUGCACACAAGCCUUCGUCAAGACCGACGAGCUGGCCAAUCACGUGGCUCGCAAACACCGGGGCGGCCUACCGUACCCUUGCGAUCGCUGCGAUGAGUCGUUCCGGUUGAUGACGGAGCUGCGCCACCACUACCGGGUUCACGUUCAAGCUGGCGAACAGAUCGAUGAGAUGCGGUUUACCGCGAUGGCUACGUUGCAGCGAAUAUUCGCGAGGGAUAAACAGAAGCUGGCUGAAGAAGGCAAUGGUGCGUAAUGAUUAGAAAUACAGUUUAAUGUGAAGGAUAAAUGAUCAAACU